UGAAGAAAGUCCAUCUCUGAGACGUAUGACCAUGAUGAGGGAAAAGGGAAGGCGACAGGCCAUUAGAGGCCCAGCGUUCAUGUUCAACAACAGGGGCACCAGCCUUACGGCUGAAGAAGAGCGCUUUCUAGAUGCAGCAGAGUAUGGGAACAUACCUGUGGUGCGCAAAAUGCUGGAGGAGUCAAAAACACUGAAUGUCAACUGUGUUGACUACAUGGGCCAAAACGCCUUGCAGCUUGCUGUAGGGAAUGAACAUUUGGAAGUGACAGAACUUCUGUUAAAAAAAGAGAACUUGGCACGGAUUGGAGAUGCCCUGCUGCUCGCAAUCAGCAAGGGCUACAUUAGGAUAGUGGAAGCAAUUUUGAAUCAUCCUGGGUUUUCAGUAAAUAAGCGACUGACCCUGAGCCCUUGUGAGCAGGAGCUCCAGGAUGAUGAUUUUUAUUCCUAUGAUGAAGACGGUACCCGCUUUUCUCCAGAUAUCACUCCCAUAAUUUUAGCUGCCCACUGCCAAAAAUACGAAGUCGUGCACAUGCUAUUGAUGAAAGGAGCAAGGAUAGAAAGACCUCAUGAUUAUUUCUGCAAAUGUAAUGACUGUACAGAGAAGCAAAAACAUGAUUCUUUCAGUCACUCUAGGUCAAGAAUAAAUGCAUACAAAGGACUGGCUAGUCCAGCUUAUCUGUCCCUCUCCAGUGAAGAUCCAGUACUCACUGCUCUAGAACUCAGCAAUGAACUUGCCAAGUUGGCCAACAUUGAAAAAGAAUUCAAGAAUGACUAUCGCAAGCUGUCUAUGCAAUGCAAGGAUUUUGUGGUUGGUGUUCUUGAUCUUUGCCGAGACUCAGAAGAAGUGGAAGCCAUUCUGAAUGGGGAUUUAAACUCGGAGCCAGUUGAAGCACAGAGACACAGAGCAUCACUGAGCCGUGUGAAGCUGGCCAUUAAGUAUGAAGUCAAAAAGUUUGUGGCCCAUCCAAACUGUCAGCAACAGCUACUGACUAUCUGGUAUGAAAAUCUCUCAGGAUUACGGGAGCAGACCAUAGCUAUCAAGUGUCUGGUUGUGCUGGUUGUGGCAUUGGGCCUUCCAUUUCUAGCCAUUGGUUAUUGGAUUGCACCAUGUAGCAGGCUUGGAAGAAUCCUUCGAAGCCCAUUUAUGAAAUUUGUGGCACAUGCAGCGUCCUUCAUUAUUUUCUUAGGCUUGCUGGUGUUCAAUGCUUCAGAUAGAUUUGAAGGUAUAACAACGCUACCGAAUGUCACCGUUACCGAUUACCCUAAGCAGAUCUUUAGGGUGAAGACCACCCAGUUCACCUGGACAGAAAUGCUGAUCAUGGUAUGGGUACUUGGUAUGAUGUGGUCAGAAUGCAAAGAGCUGUGGUUGGAAGGACCCAGGGAAUAUAUUUUGCAGUUAUGGAAUGUUUUGGAUUUUGGGAUGCUGUCCAUUUUUAUUGCCGCUUUCACAGCAAGGCUUCUGGCAUUACUGCAGGCAACAAAAGCACAACAGUAUGUGGACAACUAUAUUGAGGAGAAUGACCUCUCUGAGGUCACACUUCCUCCAGAAAUAGAAUAUUUUACUUAUGCUAGAGAUAAAUGGCUCCCAUCUGAUCCUCAGAUAAUAUCUGAAGGCCUUUAUGCAAUUGCUGUCGUUCUUAGCUUUUCUCGGAUUGCAUAUAUCCUGCCUGCAAAUGAGAGUUUUGGGCCCUUGCAGAUUUCACUUGGAAGGACUGUAAAGGACAUCUUCAAGUUUAUGGUCCUUUUUAUUAUGGUAUUUCUUGCAUUUAUGAUUGGAAUGUUCAUACUAUAUUCCUACUACCUUGGAGCCAAACUAAACCCAGCCUUUACAACAGUAGAAGAAAGUUUCAAGACCUUAUUUUGGUCAAUAUUUGGCUUGUCUGAAGUAACCUCUGUUGUCCUCAAAUACGAUCAUAAGUUCAUUGAGAACAUUGGUUAUGUUCUUUAUGGCAUAUACAAUGUGACGAUGGUGGUAGUUCUGCUCAACAUGCUGAUUGCUAUGAUCAACAGUUCAUAUCAAGAAAUUGAGGAUGACAGUGAUGUAGAGUGGAAGUUUGCUCGUUCUAAACUUUGGUUAUCAUAUUUUGAUGAUGGAAAAACAUUACCUCCACCGUUCAGUCUUGUACCAAGCCCCAAAUCUUUUUUCUAUUUCAUCAUGAGGAUCAUUAACUUUUCUAAGUGCAGGAGGAGACGGCUACAGAAGGACAUUGAAAUGGGAAUGGGCAAUUCCAAAUCUAGGUUAAACCUUUUCACGCAGUCGAACUCCAGAGUUUUUGAAUCGCACAGUUUUAACAGCAUUCUCAAUCAGCCAACACGCUAUCAGCAAAUAAUGAAAAGACUGAUAAAACGUUAUGUUCUGAAAGCACAAGUGGACAAAGAAAAUGAUGAAGUAAAUGAAGGUGAAUUAAAGGAAAUCAAACAGGAUAUCUCCAGUCUUCGCUACGAACUUUUGGAGGAUAAGUCCCAAGCAACAGAAGAGUUAGCAAUUUUAAUACAUAAACUCAGUGAGAAACUGAAUCCUAACAUGUUGAGAUGUGAAUGAUUCAAGAAAGGAACCGUGGCUUCGACUACAGCACAACUAUUUAUUGGCAAUAAUAUUUCAGUAUCUUAUACUUGAACAAUGUAUUGUAGAUUUUUAGCACUAAAUAACUUUAUGUACAGCUUCUCUGGAAUUUAGUCUUAGGAAAUUUUAUUAACUCACCACAAAAAGAUUGCUCUCCAUUUUAAUUGUCUUAAAAGCAAGAACUAUCAUCAUUUUUUUGCAUUUAUGCACUAAAAAAGUAAAUGGUAUCAAUUGCUGGUAUUUUAACAGGUUUAUGAAUACAUCUUGAGAAUUCUUUGCACUAAGUUAGCAAGAAAAAAACAAAACAGAUACAGUUCCUUGCAGCAGCUGGGUACGAAUAGGAUUUUUCAUAAUACCAUAAAUCAACU